GGAGCGACACGGAGAGAGAAAGCUCGACGCACCCGCCGCUCUCCAGGACUACAAACUCCUCUUUCUCCUGUAGUUUUUUCUACUCUUUUUAGCUCCAAAUGCUUCCCCUCUACAGAAGUUAACAGCUUACAUUACUUUACUUUUUGACUUUCCUAACUCUUCCUGAGUGGAUCGAGCGAACAGGUGGAGAUGAUGAUGAUGAUGGCGAGCGGACCGGCUCCGCUCUCCCCGGCUCGUCGCUCCCGGACGCGGCUGCUCUCGCUGCUGCUGCUCGCGUCGUGCUGCAGCUUCGUGUCGGCGCAGGAGCUGCCAACCAACGGGGUGAACGGAUACAGCCUGCACCCGCCCUACUUCAACCUGGCAGAGGGCACCAAGAUCACCGCGACGGCGACCUGCGGGGAGGACGACACCGGCAGGAGCAUACAGGACCUGUACUGCAAGCUGGUCGGAGGCCCGGUGUCCGGGGACCCGAGUCAGACCAUCCAGGGUCAGUACUGUGACAUCUGCAGACAGGGCGAAAGCGACCGGGCCCAUCCCAUCACCAACGCCGUCGACGGGACGGAGCGAUGGUGGCAGAGCCCGCCGCUCUCCCGCAGCACCGAGUACAACGAGGUGAACGUCACGCUGGACCUCGGACAGGUAAGGCUCAUUCCAUACUCCAACGCUAAACUGGCUUUCUCAGACCGGUGUUGACAUGCGGUCUGCGUGUUUGAUGUUUUCAGAGGUGGUCAGGUGGUCGUCCUCUGAUUGGCUGUCAUUGAUGUUCUAUUCCACCGUUCCCCGUUAAAGUCUACUGUUUCAUGAAGCUACAAAGCUGAUUGGAAUGCAGCCAAAACCACUUGAUGUAAAGUCAUC